AUGAACUUAAACAUCGAUGAGAACAUGCUGGUCAAACUAAAUUUCGGCCUGGUUACUCUUGCAACGACCGGCAAGAUACAACCACCGAACCACGUUUGCGUUUAUUGGGCUAAAAAAAAUUCAACAAAACUUGGAGGACCAAAUAGCAUUGUUGAAAUUGACGAAGCUAAAAUUGGCAAAAGGAAAUAUAAUCGUGGUCGAAUUAUCGAUGGAAAAUGGAUCUUCGGUGGAUAUGAACGCGAUACAAAAAAAAUAUUUCUUGUACCUGUUGCAGAUCGCACAGAAGAAACUCUUACUCAAGUAAUUGAAGAAUGGAUUUUACCUGGGACAACAAUAAUGUCAGAUUGUUGGAAGUCUUACAAGAAUUUAAACAGUAAAAAUUUCCAACAUCUGACAGUAAAUCACUCUAUAAAUUUUGUUGAUCCAGACUCCGGAGCCCACACUCAACAUAUCGAACGCGUUUGGAGGGAAGUUAGAAGUAAUAUCCCACGAUAUGGAACACGUAGUAAACAUUUAGUGGGUUAUUUAGCUGAAUACCUUUUCAAACGUGUUCAUAAAUAUAACGAGCGAUUACAGAGUUUCUUCUGUGUAAUUGCAGAACUAUAUCCACCGAAGACCUUCCAGGAUGAAACAGAUGUUUCAGAGGCUGCAAUAUAA